UAUGGCUGGGGUGGAAUUCAAGAGAAGGAGGGUUCCAACGAAAAGAAUUUUUGGUUCCGAGUUUGCUGAUCCAACUAGGAAGAAAAAGAAAGCAAAGACAAUUGUAACUGAUCCUUGUGAAAUUAAUCCCCUACAGCCAUAUGACGAAAAGAAAAUGAGACGUUUUAAGAAAUGGGUAAUUGGUUUAAAAAAGAAUGAUAAGCCUAUUUCUCUCUUGGCUGGUUCGUGCACAGCGAAAUGGUUUAUUCAGCUACUUACACCACGUACAUGGCUAGACGGACUGCACAUUGAUGCAGCUUUAGGGUUGAUGAAAGAACGAGUGUACACUUACAAGAAGACUUACUCCGAAAGAUUCACCAUCGUGGAUUCUAUGUUCCAACAGUUCUUCGAACCACAUUGGGAAUAAUUCAACAAGAGGAAAAUCAAAUCAAGCUACAUUUGGCCAAAAUAAGUGCUUGAUUACUUGGUAGGUGAUGA